CCUCAUCACAGUUCGAUCAUUACUACCAAAAUGGGAUCAUUUUACCCCAUAUUUUCCCUAUUAAUUGUUACCCUUCUCCCCAAUUAUUCCACCUCUCAGACCCUCACUGUCGAAAAGUCUGUCGCCACCCUACCCUAUUUAUCCUGCGGCGUGGCGUCCGUGUACGACGGGGAUGACAACAUCUUUAUUUUUGGCGGAUACGACGGAGUAGCUUUGUAUUCCGAUAAAAUUCUAAAGUACUCGAUUUCUGCGGACAAUUUAACAAUCGUGUCCCAAUUUCCCUGGGGGGUCGGAUUCGGGGCCGUUCUGGCGGGAAGAACGAACACAAGUUACUUUUACAUUGGGGGAGAGGAUGAUCGAUUCAAAAUGCGGAGAGAUUCUUCAGAAAUUUUUGAAUUUAACUCGGAAACCAAUGCCGUCGCUGUGGUAGGGUAUUUGCCCUAUCCUCAAUUUGCCCCGGGGGCUGUGAAGACUGACCGUAAUACGGGACUUAUAGUUUUGGCGGGAGAAUGGUUUGAGGAAUCGGGAGUCAAUGAGAUUUUGAAAUUUGACAUGGAAACGUUUACCUUAACAACUGUGGGCGGAUUGUUGGCAGAUUUAAUGUAUUUUUCCACAAUCAGAGAUCCAGUCACUGGAAACGUGUGGGUUUUUGGGGUUGAACAAAGUUCUGAGAAAGCUAUUACUAGUGACAGAAAACCAUCUAUUAUCCAGCCCGUGGAAAAAUACAAUCCAUCCACCAACCUGUCUGAAGUUUGGUAUCUCAACUUCCCACAAAUUGAGAGAUUGGUAUCCCUCACCUCGGAUGGGUUAAGUUGUUACCUUAUCGGCGGAUAUGCACAAGAGAAUAAUAACGAAACAAUUCUUCAAUUUAAUCCUCUCACUCAUUCCUUCACUUCAAUUUCGGUCCUCGGAUUGCCAAAAAAUUCAAACAGCAUAUUUUUCACCAGUUCAGUAUAUGCGAGGAAGCUCAACCGAAUUUAUGUCAUCGGAGGCUAUCUUAUGGAUUUCGCUGAUCCAGAAAAUAUUCAUGCAGCAGAUGAGAUUUUAUGGAUGGAUUUAUCACCGUUGCAAAACUAAUUAUUCCUAAUGUGUACUUAAUUGGCAAAUAAGGUUUAUAAACUAUUGGUCAUUAUGGAAUAAAUGAUCGCAGGAUAUUUUCGCGCGAAAAUCACGUGCCCACUUGAUUACAUUGGGAGCGGGGUGAAAUUCAAUUUAAACCUGCGAUCAUUUAUUCCUUACUGCCCAAUAUAUUAAAUACAAAGUAUUCACAUAUGCAUACAUAUAUCUAUGUAGCUUGGCUUCAUUAGCUAAUCAUAAGAAUUAAGUUGUUACAUAAUAUAUGUAUGAACUUGAAAUUGUUGAAUAAGUUGGGUGAAUUUUAUUAAUUAAAGUAUAUUCUUGAGGCAGAAUGAGACAUGUCUUGUAAUUUACUGUUUUAUUUUAUUCAGAAGCACAGGAUUGUGCUCCUGAUGAUCAUUUGAUCAUAGUAUAAUGU